CUAUAAUUUGUGUUUGAGAAUUUGCGUUAAAAAUAAAAUCAUAAAGAAAAGUUCUCAUUUAACCCGGUAUUUCAUGACCCCUUUCUCUUCUUCCCAUUUUCUAUACGAAGCAACUCCCCAUUCCCCAUAUAAAACAAUACUAGUACUCCAUAACUACACUCUACACCCUACUCAUUUUAUUUCAUUUUCUGUUCAACUUCUUCAAUUACUUCCAAAUCGCUUUGUGGCACAGCAAUGGUCAAGGCAUUGAACUCCUUUGAGGGAUUUCAAGAUUGAAGUGAGUUAUAUAAAUCUUAAGGGAUGAUGGCUGUGAGCUCGGCCUGCAGGGAUGCGAACAAAAUGGGGGCCGAUGCCGGAAAGUAUGUCCGGUAUACGCCUGAGCAGGUUGAAGCCCUCGAGAGGCUUUACCAUGAAUGUCCCAAACCCAGCUCUCUUCGUCGCCAACAGCUUAUUCGGGAAUGCCCUAUUCUCUCCAACAUCGAGCCCAAACAAAUUAAAGUUUGGUUUCAAAACCGAAGAUGUAGGGAGAAGCAGAGAAAUGAGUCAUCAAGAUUGCUGGCGGUGAAUCGGAAAUUGACAGCAAUGAACAAGCUGUUAAUGGAGGAGAACGAUAGGUUGCAAAAGCAAGUGGGUCAGUUGGUUUAUGAAAAUAGUUAUUUUCGCCAACAGACUCAAAAUGCGGCAACGCUAGCCACUACAGAUACCAGUUGUGAGUCAGUGGUGACAAGCGGCCAGCAACAAGCAACCUCUCAGCGUCCUCCAAAAGACGCUAGCCCUGCAGGACUCGUGUCUAUUGCAGAGGAGACUUUAACAGAGUUUCUAUCGAAGGCUACUGGAACCGCUGUCGAGUGGAUCCAAAUGCCCGGGAUGAAGCCUGGUCCGGAUUCCAUUGGAAUCAUUGCCAUUUCUCAUGGAUGCACUGGAGUUGCAGCUCGUGCAUGCGGCCUUGUGAGUCUAGAACCCACAAGAGUUGCCGAAAUUCUUAAAGAUCGGCUUUCAUGGUAUCGUGAUUGCCGAGCUGUGGAUGUGAUGAAUGUGAUGUCGACUGCAAAUGGGGGAACCAUAGAACUACUGUAUUUGCAGCUCUAUGCACUUACAACUUUGGCCCCAGCACGUGAUUUCUGGUUGAUGCGCUACACAUCUCUUUUAGAAGAUGGAAGUGUCGUGAUCUGCGAGAGAUCACUAAACAACACUCAGAACGGUCCAAGUAUACCAUCAGUACAACAUUUUGUGAGAGCGGAAAUUUUGCCUAGUGGGUAUUUUAUUAGACCCUGUGAAGGGGGUGGGUCUAUAAUUCACAUCGUUGAUCAUAUGGACCUUGAGCCAUGGAGGGUACCUGAAGUUUUGCGCCCACUUUACGAGUCAUCGACUUUGCUCGCUCAAAGAACAACUAUGGCUGCUUUAAGGCAAUUAAGGCAGAUUUCUCAGGAGAUGUCUCAACCGAAUGUUGCUGGCUUUGGUAGACGUCCUGCAGCUUUACGUGGUUUCAGCCAGAGGUUGAGCAAGGGUUUUAACGAAGCUGUGAAUGGAUUUAUGGACGACGGAUGGUCUAUGAUGGACGGUGACGGGAUUGAUGAUGUGACACUCCUUGUUAAUUCUUCCCCUAGCAAAAUGAUGGGUGUGAAUCAAUUCUACAAUAAUGAAUUUCCAUCUGUGGGUACUGCUAUGCUAUGUGCUCGAGCUUCCAUGCUCUUACAGAAUGUACCUCCAGCAGUGCUCCUACGGUUCUUACGAGAACAUCGAUCAGAAUGGGCUGACAGCGGCAUUGAUGCUUAUGCUGCAGCAGCUGUCAAGGCUGCUCCUUGUGCCAUUCCAGUCGCUCGUACUGGUUGUGUUGGGGGUCAGGUCAUACUUCCUCUAGCGCACACAAUUGAAAACGAAGAGUUCAUGGAAGUUGUUCGGCUAGAAAAUCUUGGCCAUUAUCGGGAAGACAUGUUCAUGCCGGGAGACAUAUUUCUACUUCAACUUUGUAGUGGAGUAGAUGAAAAUGCUGUAGGCGCAUGCGCAGAACUGAUAUUUGCUCCAAUAGAUGCAUCAUUCUCUGACGAUGCUCCUCUUCUUCCUUCUGGUUUCAGAAUCAUUCCCAUUGACUCUUCAAAGGACGUUUCAAGUCCAAAGUGCACUCUCGACCUUACAUCUGCCCUUGAGGUUGGUUCAACCGGAAACAAAGCACUAGGUGAUAAUAACGGGUCAGGCAGUGGGAAAUCCGUAAUGACUAUAGCUUUUCAGUUUGCUUUUGAGAUACACCUACAAGAGAGUGUUGCUUCCAUGGCACGACAAUAUGUUAGGAGUAUAAUAUCAUCUGUCCAAAGGGUUGCGUCUGCGCUAUCCCCUUCUCGUUUUGGUUCCCUGAACGGUUUUCCUUUAUCGCCUGGGACCCCUGAAGCACAAAUGCUUGCUCGUUGGAUUUGUCAAAGCUACAGGUUCUAUUUAGGCGUCAAAUUGCUUAAACCCAAUAACGAAGGUGGAGAUUCUGUACUUAAAAGUUUGUGGCACCAUUCGGACGCCAUUUUGUGCUGCUCGUUGAAGGCACUGCCAGUGUUCACAUUUGCGAAUCAAGCAGGACUCGACAUGAUAGAGACUACCCUCAUUGCGCUGCAAGAUAUUACAUUAGAGAAGAUUUUUGAUGAACAAGGCCGGAAAACGCUCUUCACCGAGCUGCCUCAGAUAAUGCAGCAGGGCUUCAUUUGCCUACAAGGAGGUAUUUGCAUAUCGAGCAUGGGAAGGCCGAUUUCGUAUGAACGAGCAGUCGCUUGGAAGGUGUUCAAUGAAGCCGAGGAUGCACAAUGCAUGUGUUUUAUGUUCAUCAAUUGGUCAUUUGUAUGAAAAUUCUGUUCAGGUGGUUAGUUUCAGGGAUAAAUCAACAGUUUAGAUAGGUUAGGAUUUUAUUUUAUUUUUUUUAUUUUUUAAAUUUCACUUAGGAAUGCCUUUUAAGGAAGACAUGAAGGGGGUUGUAUACCAUUAGAAUGGCUGAUUUUGAGCUGUGCCCUAAAUCAUGUUUUGGAGAUACUUCUACACUUUUGACCCCCCAAUUUAUGAUAUCAUGUUCUUUUGGUACGCUA